AUGAUCCCGUGCGCCCAGGCAAGGCACGCGAUGAGUGGUCAAGGCCCCACAGUGAACUUCUUCCGGUAUGUGCUGAUUCCCGCCGACGACAACGCCGCGCCGCGCGAGAUGACGUUUGCCGGCGGCAGCGAUGAGGAGUUUCGCGCCUCCCUCCAGCAGUACUUUCGCCGGCAGCUGCUUUCCGAGGAUCAGCGGCGCGAGAUGGCGCGACACCUCACGGCGAAGAUGAAGGAGGCGAAGCAGCAGGGAGACGCUGCUGCUGCCGCUGCCGCCGCCACGAGCGAGCAGCAGCAGCACGCAAUGAUCGAGGACUACCUGGAGCAGACUUCCUUCGAGAUCAUACCGUUGCUCAUGCCAGGGCGCGGCAACAGGUUUGUGGGCACUUCCCUCUACAUCGACGACAGUGGCCGCUUUAAGGACCUCGCCCUCAACUCCCGUGCCAGCACGCUCGUGCAGCGCGACAUCCGCGGGGACGCCUUCCUUCUCUGUAGCCACGAUGACCCCGCCCUCGACGAGUGGAGCCGCGUCGACUGCACUCUCGCCCACUACGAAGCCCUCCUGCGGGAACCGCCCACGACUAGCUACGACACCGCCAACCAAGCGCAGAUGACCUCGGCAGUGAUGCAGCGCGAGAGUGACACGAAGCGCAUCAGCGAAGCGGAUACCGCGAAGGCACAGCAGGCGAAGGUGAACGGUAACAGCUUUUUCACCGCCGGUGAUUUCAAGGCGGCCGUGAAGGCCUACGACGAGGCCGUCGAACUCACGGAGGGCCGCAGGGACCUCCUGCCGAACGAGGCCGCAGUCACUGCGCUGCGACUCUCCGCACUGCUCAACCGCAGCCUUUGCCACCACCGUCUCGGCAAAAACGAAGCCGCCGCUGCGGACGCACGGGCUGCCCUGCAGCUCGAUGCCACGAACCUCAAGGCCCACCAUCGACUGGCAGUCGCCCUUUGCGGCGGACGUGACUACGCCGCAGCGGCGGAGGCGCUGAACGCCUUUGAGCAGCUGGGCGGGCCCGCCAGUGACGUCGCAGCCAUCCGCCAGGCCAUCGCUGAGGGGGCAGCUGCCCUCCGGAAGGAGCAGAAGCAGAAGUUCUCCAAACUUUUUGCCUAA